GGCGCCGGCGCCACCCGCCUCCGCCUCACUUCCCCCCCGGCGCCGACCGACCGAGCGACUAGCUUGGGGUGGGGGAGUGCUGUGUCAUGGAGGUGCGCCGCGGAGUGCCAUGCCGUCCGGAGGGGGCGGGGGCGGGGAGGGUGCAGGCCGGGGACGCGCUGCCGCUGCCGAUCCGGCACACGAACCUGAUAUUCUCGGCGCUGUUCGCGGCGUCGCUGGCGUACCUGAUGCGGCGGUGGAGGGAGAAGAUCCGGUCGUCGACGCCGCUCCACGUGGUGGGGCUGGCCGAGAUGCUGGCCAUCUUCGGCCUCGUCGCCUCGCUCAUCUACCUGCUCAGCUUCUUCGGCAUCGCCUUCGUGCAGUCCAUCGUGUCGUCGAGCGACGAGGACGAGGACUUCCUGGUCGGGGCGGCGCGGGCCCCCGGCGGAGGCGCGGCGGCCGUCGCGCCGGCGCCGUCGCCGUGCGCGCUGCUGGGGAGCCCCGAGGCCGCGCAGGAGAAAAUGCCGGAGGAGGACGAGGAGAUCGUGUCCUCGGUCGUGGCUGGGAAGGUCCCCUCCUACGUGCUGGAGACCAGGCUCGGGGAUUGCCGCCGCGCCGCCGGCAUCCGGCGCGAGGCCCUGCGUCGGAUUACCGGGAGGCAGAUCGAGGGGCUCCCGCUGGACGGGUUCGACUACGCCUCGAUUCUCGGGCAGUGCUGCGAGCUUCCGGUGGGAUACGUUCAGCUCCCCGUCGGCAUCGCGGGGCCACUGCUGCUCGACGGCCAGAGGUUCUACGUGCCGAUGGCCACCACCGAGGGCUGCCUCGUCGCCAGCACGAACCGCGGCUGCAAGGCCAUCGCCGAGUCUGGCGGCGCCACCAGCGUCGUUCUCCGGGACGGGAUGACGCGCGCCCCCGUCGCCCGACUCCCCACCGCGCGCCGCGCCGCUGAGCUCAAAGCCUUCUUGGAGGAUCCUGGAAACUUCGACACCCUCUCCAUGGUCUUCAACAGGUCCAGUAGAUUCGCGAGGCUCCAAGGGGUGCAGUGUGCAAUGGCUGGGAGGAACCUGUACAUGAGAUUCAGCUGCUGCACGGGGGAUGCUAUGGGGAUGAACAUGGUCUCCAAGGGUGUGCAGAAUGUGCUGGAUUAUCUCCAGCAUGACUUCCCUGACAUGGAUGUUAUUAGCAUAUCAGGUAACUUUUGCUCUGACAAGAAACCAGCUGCUGUGAAUUGGAUUGAAGGGCGUGGUAAGUCAGUGGUUUGUGAGGCAAUAAUCAAGGAGGACAUAGUGAAAAGGAUUCUGAAAACCAAUGUGCAAUCGUUGGUUGAGCUUAACGUGAUCAAGAAUCUUGCUGGUUCAGCUAUUGCUGGGGCUCUUGGGGGUUUCAACGCCCAUGCUAGCAAUAUUGUAACAGCCAUCUUCAUAGCCACUGGGCAGGAUCCUGCACAGAACGUGGAAAGCUCUCACUGCAUCACAAUGUUGGAAGCUGUAAAUGAUGGCAACGACCUUCACAUCUCUGUUACUAUGCCAUCUAUUGAGGUGGGCACAGUUGGGGGAGGGACUCAACUGGCGUCACAGGCAGCCUGCUUGGACCUGCUCGGCGUGAAAGGCGCGAAUAGGGAUUCCCCAGGAUCAAACGCGAGGCUACUGGCCACCGUGGUGGCAGGUGGGGUUCUUGCUGGGGAGCUGUCCCUCCUGUCAGCACUCGCUGCAGGGCAGCUUGUCAAGAGCCACAUGAAAUACAACAGGUCCAGCAAAGACAUGUCCAAGGUAGUGUCCUAGUUCGAGGUUUGGUCGUUUGGAUUGUUUCGUAGGAAAAACAAAAAAAGAGAGAUGGACAAUUUCAUGUCAUGUGGAAGGGAGGGCUUUCUCAAGAGGAUAUGGGCUCAUAAAAAAUGACUCAAAAUGAAGUGAACAACAGUGAAGUUUACAGUGACAUCAUCAAGGAUGCUGAAAUGCUGAUGGAUUGAGAGUCCUUUGUUCCGAGGUUUGAGCUAUUUAUUUUCUUGAGAUGUUGGCGUUGCUGCCGGCCUGCUCAGCCAUGGAAGCGGUCGUUCUCCGUCGUGCUGCUGGCAUGCUGUCAUCAUCGACCCCAUUUUACAACUGGGAGGCUAACUUUGGUCUUAGUGUUGAUACCAAUAAUGUUCAUAAAAAUAGGGCCUGGUUGGUACCGGUGGACGACGGACCCUCCCUCGUUGCUUCAGGAAGCUUGUCCACUUUCCAGCUCUAUUUGUUUGUAACUACUUUCGCUUUCUUUGAUAACUUUUUAUUUGUCUCCAUUCUUCGUCGUCAGUCAGAACCCUGUCGAAGCUAGUGAUGUGGUGAGUUUUUGUAAAAAGAUGUGUUGCUAAGUGGCUUCUCUCGAUUGUGUGUGACA